CAACUGACUAGUCAACAAUUAACUACCAAAGAUCGACCAGUGAAAACGUGCAGCCUUACUAACAGGAUGAAGGUCAAAGUGAUUAUGUUACUUUUUCUAAUCUUGGCCAUUUCAACCCUCAAGCAAGGUUCAGCUCAUGUUCCUGACAGAUACAUACAAGAGAAUGUGGCUUUACGUGGGAGGGCCACUCAGUCGGAUCUUCUGAAGGGGGAAUGGGAUGCGUUCAGCCUGCCUGGCAAUGCCAUUGAUGGAAACCAAGAUUCUUUCUUUGGCCAUGGAUCCUGCACCCACACCUCGGGAGGGGCCAACCCCUGGUGGAGGGUGGACCUGCUGCAGGAGUACCAAAUCACCUCCGUCACCAUCACCAACAGAGGAGACUGCUGUGGAGAAAGGAUCAGUGGAGCUCGCAUCCUCAUCGGCAAACACCUGAAGAACAACGGCAUCAAUAAUCCAGAGUGCAGCGUGAUUGGCUCCUUGGCAACAGGAGAGACUAGAACCUUUCAGUGUCCGCAGCCAAUGAUUGGACGCUACGUCACACUGUACCUCCCAAAAAGAGAAUACCUUCACAUCUGUGAAGUGGAAGUGAAUGCUUUGCUUCCUGCCAAUUGAAAAUAUUUCUAAGCAGCAAUUUGCAAAUCCCUUUACAUAUAAAGCUGGUCAUUUCUUUAUAGCCAGAUGCAGUAAAUCAGAAAUGCGGAUAAAGAAAUGAAUUUUACUCUUUUGGGAUUUGGGAAUCAUGCUGCCAUUUUACUAUAUUUCCAGGUUUUCGUGGACAGAAAACCUGCUGAAGUUCUACUUGUCUGCUUUCUGCAAGUUCAUCUAUUGACUGAUUUUCUUUGUAGUGCAUCAAAUAAACAUCUCAUUUAAAGCAUUGA